AUGGCGGCGCGGCGCCGGCUGGGGCUGCUAUUCACCGAGGCCCGGAGGAGCCCCCGGCCCCGGGCCGCCGGGCGGAGGAUGGAGAAGCGGCCCGCCGCCGCCGCAGCGACGCCCGCCAACAGCGGCUGGGACACGCAGGUGGUGGCGGGCUUCCCGGGAGUCGCCCCGAAGAGCCCCGAGGAGGCGGAGCCGCAGGAGGGGGCGGGGGCGGCGGCGGAGGAGGCCCGGUGCCCGCUUGCUCGCGCGCCCGCGCUGCCGUGGGGGCUGCGGCCGAAGGACUGCGUCGUGUUCCAGUGCCGCGGCUGCCACUCGGUCCUGGGGGACUCGCUGCACCUCUGCGGGGAGGAAGCCGCCCUCCUCCAUGUCCUCGUUUGCUCCCGGGUAACGGAUGAAGUCGUUCUGGAAGAAUCCUUACUGGUUGGGAUCGAAGGAGUGCUCACAGGCAGCACCUACCACCCCCUGUUCUGCCGCUCCUGUAAACUCGGGCUGGGAUUCCACCUGUACUCUUCAAGCGCCUCCCUGGCUUCCUGGAGGGGUUUGUUCUGCCUCGCCAAGGACAAAAUCGUGUGCUACCUCUUGGAAACCAGGUGCAUGGUGGAAGCAUCUGAGAUGACCUUUCCUACCGUAGACAUAAGCGCAAACAUUGAAAAGCUGAGAGGAGAGAUCGUGGUGAUGCACGGUCGCUUAGAGGCACUGACGGAGAGGCUGGGGGAGUUGGCCUCCUGAGGCGGCGGGGGCGGGAUGCGGAAGCCACCCGGGAACGGCGACCCCAUCCCGGCACCCCGUCCUGCAGAGGAGGAUCCGUUUCCGCGGCUCAAAAGCCGGCAUCCCGCUUGGAGAGACUUCUCAGGCCCGUCGGUUUGGGGGGAAACAGGGCCGGGAGGAAGCCGGCGGGCCGCCGCUGGGAUCUCCCGCGCCCACCCUCUCAACAGCAGCGCCGGGCUGCCCGUCAUGCCCCCCGUUGGGGCCACAGUUGGGUCCCCCUGCCCCGGAGCAGAGGUGGCCCGCGCGGGGCUCGGAGCGGCCGGGAAAGACCCCCGGGAGGACGGAUUCGGCGGAAGACGGGGAUCUCCGGACGCCCACCCGGAGGAGAGGAGAAGCGGGGACUCGACGCUGCCGCAUCCGAGGGGCACGCUUUUCCACCCUGCUUCCGAUAAUAAAGGUUAAUUAUUUUC